AAGCCAAGUACGGCGUUCGGGGCCAGCGAGCCUGGGAAAUAUAGUCGUGCGCCCACUGGACUGAGGGGUCGAGAAGGGGCGGGGACUGGGGCAAGCUGACUGAUCCCUCCCCGCCUCUCUCACACCUUUCGCCUCAGGUCCCAGCUCGGUGCUACAGCCCUGCGGAUGGACUCCAUUCUAGGUCUAUCUACUGGGCUCCUAUUGCCAGUCAGGUUCCUCCUCCGAGUCGGACCCGCCACUAGAUCCCCUGACGGACCCAUGUUUCACCCGGGAUUUGGCGUAAGGCCGGGAGGUGUGACCGGCUCCAUUCUGAGGGACUUGGAUCGGGUGUGCUUAGGCUGAGCUGAGUGAGUGGUGUGAGAACCGGGACGGCCCAGUGCGCUAACCUGAGGUGGCGCCAGCCAUUCUGCUGUUCGUCCCUUUGGACUUUUCCAUUUCCUCUUAGGGCUUGAAUGGAGCGUUCUGCUGCGGGCUCUUAAGUGUGUUCUUCGAACCCUGGUCAGAGUAAUGGUGAGGGGCAACGUGACGUUAUUUCAUUUCACAGCUUCUCGGCAUUCCACAGGUUUCCUUCUGGCUUCUUAGGGCUUUUCUUAAACCGGAGAAUGGUUUCCCAGCUCCAGGAAAUGAACUUGUAGGUGGGGGCCACAUCGAGGGCCGCGAAGGGCAUUGUGGGGGCGUUAUGUAAAAGUAGGACCCCAACCGACAGAACUCCGGGGUCCUCGCGCUAGUUAGGCACGCGAUGCUUGACGCGUAUACUCGAAAAGGUUCCAGCGCGGGAAACCACCUUUUGGGUGUUUUGUUGUUGGUGUCGUCACGCAUGCGUCUUCGUGCCGUGUGGCUGUUUGUCAACUCUUUAGAUUAGAAUAGCGCCAUUUUACGGUACGGAACCUACAAAGCAACGCAGGCAGGAGCCUUUCCCAUUUUCUGGAGAUACUGCAGAAAAGUGUCACGUCUGUUUUUGUUUGGAAACAGGAGAUCUCGAAAUAGGAUCGAGCAAGAAUUAAAGGGCCGGUUUGAGUUUCCUUAGUGGUGUGUAUUAAGAGAUUUUUUUUUUCUUCUCAGUGCUGCACAUUGAAUCCAGGGUUUUAUAUUUGCAAGAGCUCUGCCAUCUAUGUAGAUCCACACGUCUAAUCCCUCAUGGAGUUUUAGUAAUCUUUACUAAGGGGCCGGGUCUAUUAUUCUAGGGGUCACUAUUUUUACAUGUGACCCAGGACCCUUAAGCCUUGCAGGGCUUUAGGUUGUGGAGUCAAGUUUUGGGGCAGUAGGGUGUUGUUCAUCCAAGGCCACCCUUUCUCCCAGCAGAUCCCUGGAGGUGGUACUGGUCACUACAGAGGCCAUCGGGUUAGGUUGCUUGUUUCAUCCUUCUUUUGUCUACAUUUUCCCAAAAGCCAUGUCCAGGCCUUCCCUCAUCACAUUCACCCCAGCCACAGACCCCAGUGACCUAUGGAAGGAUGGGCAACAGCAGUCAGAGCCUGAAAAGCCAGAGCCCACCCUGGAUGGGGCUGCAACACGGGCUUUCUAUGAGGCACUGAUUGCAGAUGAGAACAGUAUGCCUGAACCCCAGAGAUUUCGGCCUGAUCCUGUUAGGGAGAAAAAAAGGAAGAAAAGAAGAAUGACAAAGGAGGUUGCAGCAGAAGCAGUGGCAGUAGGAAUACCAGGAAGACAUGGACAAGGCAGAUCCUUUGAAACUGAGGACAAAAUGACCCAGUGGAUAUUGAAGGCUGCCCAAGAGGGGGACCUGGCAGAACUUCGAAGGCUGUUGGAGCCCUGUGAGGCAGGGGGAGCUGGAGGGAAUAUCAACACUCGAGAUGCCUUCUGGUGGACACCUCUGAUGUGUGCUGCUCGAGCUGGCCAGAGUGCUGCUGUGCACUAUCUCCUGGGCCGAGGGGCUGCCUGGGUGGGGGUCUGUGAGCUGGGUGGCAAGGAUGCUGCUCAGCUGGCUGAAGAAGCAGGCUUUGCCAAGGUGGCCCGCAUGAUCAGGGAGAGCCAUGGAGAGACACGGAGCCCAGAGAACCGGUCUCCUUGUCCCUCCUCUCAGUACUGCGAGACCUGUGAUGCCCAUUUUGAAGACUCCAACCACUGCACAUCCACUGCUCAUCUGCUGUCACUGUCCAGGGGUUCCCAGCCCGCUAGCCUUCCCUUUGGGGUGCCCACCUCCAGCCCUGGUUUCAAGCUGCUGCUGAGGGGAGGCUGGGAACCAGGAAUGGGGCUGGGACCCCGGGGUGAAGGCCGUGCCAACCCCAUACCUACCGUCCUCAAGAGGGACCAAGAAGGUCUAGGUUACAGAUCAGCACCCCAGCCCCGAGUCACACAUUUCCCAGCUCGGGAUACCCGGGCUGUGUCUGGGAGAGAGAGAGCUCCUCGAGUGGCCACACUUAGCCGGAGGGAGAACAGAAAGCAAGAGGAGAAGGACAAGGCCUGGGAGCGGGAUCUGAGGUUAUACAUGAACCUUGAUUUCUGACAUAGGUGAAAUCUGAUGUUGGUCUGCUUUGAAUUCUGAACUUGGAUCUCUGACUUGGGCCCUUCGACUUAUGUUUUCUGGGAUCUGCCCAGGUGCCAGAUCUUCAGGUUUUGGUCGUUGGACACUGAUUUGGUGAGGAAGGGCUGAGAAUUGAGAAAUAAACAUCUUGUAUUGUGGUUUA